UAGAAGUUUAAAAUUAUUUGACAUUAUUAACUAUGGUAAUUGUGCACGAAACAUUUUAUGCAUCACAACGCGUGAUUAUAAGAAUGUAAGGAGAGGACCAACUUGCAGGAGAACUCAUUUCCCUUAAGGAUUUACGGCUGCAUUUCGUAUAUAUCGGGCAAAAGUUUGCAAAUUUCAGCUGGAUUCGUGUUGUUUUGUGGAACUGGUGGAUUUAGUCCUUGGUACGCUCGGUGCGAGUCCAUGCGAUCGUGCCGAGUGUCGCUGGCCGCCACUGCCUGCGCUGCUGCUGCUCGAAGCCUCGGCGCUGCUGGUGAUGAGGAAAAGAAAAUGGCGGCGGGAAAAGCGAGUGAAACCGAGGAGGACUUUCCUAGGCUGACAGUGCAGGAGAGGGACACUUUAGCUGAAAUUGACAGCUCACUAUUUGGAUUUCUGAGGCUUCAUGAAGAUGGCGCCAGAAUGAAGGCCUUGCUGUUAAAGAUUUUCAUCAGCCUGGAAAAGCUGCUGACACUUGGUUUUGAGGUGGUCCAUCAGGUAACGCAACUUCCUAAGACGAUCAAGAUUAUUUUCUGUGGCAGGAUCUACAACAUGGAGGGCUGCCAUCAAUUCCUUGAAACGGUCACGGGACAUGAAUAACUUGGCCCAUGAACCCUGAAGAGAUCUGGUUCCCCAAUAUCUGUGAAUGCUGUGGAGGGACGUGAAACCCAUGUAAAUGAGGAGCCCAAGAAACCGGUAGAAUUCAUCUGGGGUCACUUCUUCCCAUGCCCCAUGAUGGUUCGCAUAAGACGGCCUAUUCAGUACAAGCUCCCACCCCUUAGAGUUUGUAAACUGGCAAAUCUCAGCAACAAUGGUGUAUGUGAAAAACAACUUGAAGUCUAUUUCACGCAAGGUACUUGUGGCUGAAUAAUAAAAGA